AUGCAGUAGGUUUCACCCUUCGGGGGCCUAUUUGCAUUUAAAAAUAGGACCCUGGUUAACCCACGUGAAGCUGGUGGAGCUUUGGACAAUGUCACCACGGCAGCGAGAGGAGUCCAAGGGACAGGGGAGUAUUUUUGGUCGUUGGGGGAAGGGGGGGAGGGAGGCCCCCUUCCUGGAAGCUAUUAAAUCCCAGAUGUGAGUUCUGUUCGCUGGUCCUGCCUUGAGGGAGAGGGUAGGAGGUGGGAGGAGGGUGGCUGGACUGGCUGACCUCUCAAGGUUGGCAUUAAUUCUACGGGUCGGUGAUUUCCAACUACGUUUCCCUGCGCGCGGCUUCCUUUGCAGCACGAGAGGCACCGCGUGACUCGGUUUUAACUAGGGGUUUUCAGCAGCGUGUCUUUGUGCCUAUCAGCCAGGGCCCAAUUUUCCCAUCACAGCCCUCGGUGCAACUGCACCCCUCGGCUUCAGCAAUGGUGGCUGAAGAUCAGCUCCAGCCCCACUCUGGCUCAGAGAGAUUUUCACAGAGAGCCCCUCCAAGCUCCUGUUCUCCAGAGAGACAGAAGAAGGGGACUGGUUUGUGCUCCCCGCAUGGGUGGGCUUUAAGAAGAAAAAAAAAAAUCUGUGUGGCCUUAGGUGAAAGGAGUGUGUGACAAUACAGAUUUGGUGGGAAAAGCAGCAAAAUGAAAUCUACUCUGGAGCUCAGAGGAGUGAGGUUGGUCCAUUUCAUGUUGGAUCCGCGAGCACGCAAGAGCUCCUCAUACCUGCCGGGCUCUGAGUUACACCUGGUGGGAAUUAAGGAAAUUCAAGCAAAGCCACUCCUAGGACGGAAUUCAGCCUAAUGGGGAAGAAAGGCAGCCCGUGUGAGCAGUGCCAUGUUUGAGGGAACCAGGAGUGUUUGGGAGAAUGGAGGAUGCCCUUGGCUCAACCUGCUGCUGUAGGGAUCAGAGGAACUGCUCCCCGCAUCUGAGCUGAGUGGGAGUAAGCCGAAGCGAAGGAAGCAAAAGUCAUCCGGGAAGGCGCUGUUUAACCUGAGUUGCAGCCAUCUAAAUCUUGCUGAAAAGGAAUAUUUUGGAUUAGAAUUCUGUAGCCAUUCUGGAAAUACUGUCUGGUUGGAACUUCUGAAGCCCAUUACAAAGCAAGUAAAAAAUCCUAAGGAGGUUGUUUUCAAAUUUAUGGUGAAAUUUUUCCCAGUGGACCCUGGACAUCUUCGAGAAGAGCUUACAAGGUAUCUUUUUACGCUUCAAAUAAAGAAGGAUUUGGCGCUAGGAAGGCUUCCAUGCAGUGACAACUGUACAGCGUUGAUGGUGUCUCACAUCUUGCAAUCAGAGCUGGGAGACUUUCAUGAAGAAACAGAUAGGAAACAUUUGGCACGAACUCGGUACUUACCUAACCAAGAUGAUUUGGAGAGCAAGAUCGUGCACUUCCAUCAGAAGCACAUUGGCAGGAGCCCAGCUGAAUCUGACAUUCUGCUCCUGGACAUCGCGAGGAAGCUGGACAUGUAUGGCAUCAGGCCGCACCCCGCCAGCGAUGGCGAAGGGAUGCAGAUCCACCUGGCUGUUGCCCACAUGGGCGUACUCGUGUUACGGGGAAAUACAAAGAUCAAUACUUUCAACUGGGCUAAAAUCCGCAAGUUGAGUUUUAAAAGAAAGCAUUUUCUCAUCAAACUUCAUGCCAACAUCUUGGUGCUGUGCAAGGAUACGCUGGAGUUCACCAUGGCCAGCCGAGACGCCUGCAAGGCUUUCUGGAAGACUUGUGUGGAGUACCAUGCCUUCUUCAGACUUUCCGAAGAGCCCAAAUCAAAGCCCAAAACCCUACUCUGCAGCAAGGGUUCCAGUUUCCGCUACAGCGGAAGAACCCAAAGGCAACUCUUGGAAUAUGGAAAAAAAGGGAGGUUGAAGAGCCUGCCAUUUGAAAGGAAACAUCACCCAUCCCAGUACCACGAGCGCCAGUGCAGGUCCUCACCAGACCUCCUCUCUGAUGUGUCAAAACAAGUGGAAGAUUUGAGACUAGCCUAUGGCAGUGGGUACUACCGAAACGUGAAUGGCGUACACGCGUCCGAGCCUGUGCUGGACAGUAGGAGGAGAAACUCUGCAGUGGAGGUGACGUUUGCAGCCGAGCUGGAGCGUUCCAGACCAGAGGCAGACCCCACGUCCUUACAUCCGUCCCAGAGCAGUUCUUCUUUCCCUUUUCUUUAUACAGACCCUGUCUUUAACACUGACCCCGACCCUGACACUGCCCCGAGAGACUACUUUGAGGAAAGGAGUCCUCUGACCUCCUUCCAAACAAGCCGUAAGUUUGCUGACAAUCACCUGAGCACAUGUUCUGGCCUCACGAGCAAAGUGAGUCCGGCAAGGCAGCUAACCUACACGGACGUGCCCUAUAUUCCUUGUACUGGACAGCAGGUUGAUAUCAUGCCUCCCCAAGUCUUUUUUUACGUGGACAGACCACCCCAGGUGCCCAGACGGUCUCCGCUCAUGGCAGAGGAACGAGAAAGGCCAGGCAGCUGUCUACAGCCUACUGCAGUGAAGCCAGCCAAAAGAAGCCCAAGAAACAUCAGAAUGAAGAGCAUUCAGCAAGACUUUCAAGAACUCCAAGAAGCGAAGGCCAGGACUACUGGUAGGAGCAACAUCAGUGUAGAUUUAGAAGGAGACAAUCCGACUUGUGAUGAUGCCUUUGCAGGUAACAGUCAAGAGCAACCCCCUAAACGGUCCCAGAGCCAAUCAGACAUGAAAACGAUCCGUUUUCCUUUUGGGUCAGAAUUUAGACCUUUAGGGCCUUGUCCUGCUCUGAGUCGUAAAGCUGACCUGUUUACAUAUAUGUUUGCAGAGCAGGCGUUUCCACCCGUUUUAAUGGAUCAGGGAGCCACAGAAAGGUAUGUAGCCAGUGAAUCCAGCGAUUCUGAAUCAGAGAUUCUGAAACCAGACUACUGCUCUUUGUAUGGCAAAGGAAUAAGGUCGCCCAUGGCCAGAAUCCGCCUCUCUUCUGGGAGUCUCCAGCUAGAUGAAGAAGAUGAAGAGGUCUCUUUCAAUACACCAGCUGCUGAGGACAGGACUUUGCAGAAACCGUGUAAUUACUUUUUAGCUUAAAAGUGUGAACUCUAUGAACAUUUCUAGGCCAGGUCCACGUUCCCGACUGAGUUGCUUAAAACAGAAGGAACUUUCUGCACAAACCAUUUUCUUUGUUACUGUGCAUUUGGUAUUACGGGAUUCUUCUAAGUGUGGGAACCCAGCUUCCGGAAGAUCGAGCUGCUGCCUCGUUCCUCAAGCCCUACUCUUCUCCUCCCUCUGAAUCAUUCUGGAACAUGUCCUUUCCUCACCAGCCCCGUGGCAGCGUGAGGUGGGGAUUUGUCAUCUCCUUUAUUUCCCCAUAGAGACAUUAGAAAUGACGUCAGGCUCUUCAGCACUCAAGAGUGACAAUAUGGGUUGGCCUACAGCAUUGGCUUCUGACAUUACUUAGUAAUUUAGUAGACUGCGUGUUGGACCUUUUGUUCUUAAGCGAUGCUAUGAUUAAAGGUUUUGGUCCUUAUUAUUUGUGUGGGGUCCAG